UAGGUCGCCUCAACCUGACGUUCAACGACGACGGUGACCUGAUCAAGUAUUCCGGCCAACCGGAAUUGCUCGGCUCUUCAAUUCACCAAGAUGAGGACGUACUUCAACUGCUUGAGGUCUACCGACCUGAGAUCAACAGGGUAAACAGUCUGGUGGUUGGGCAGUCGAAGGUUACCUUGGAGGGAGGUGAUGAAUGCCGUAAAAGGAGUGUAACUUUGGAAACCUCAUCGCUGAUGCUAUGGUGGCGUACAUAGCGACAGUAUCGCCAGACACUUGGACAAGUGCCCCUAUUGCGGUAGUGAAUGGUGGCAGCAUUCGAACUACUAUAAUGCCGGGGAAGGACGGAGCAGUCACCAGAGGGGAAAUCUUAGGAGCCAUGCCUUUCGGUAACUCAAUAGUCACUCUCAGCCUUAGCGGCGAAGAUUUGGUGAAAACCUUGGAGAUAGGGGCUAGGAGCAAUGGCGAAACUUCCAGGGGAGAGUUCCUGCAGGUUUCAGGUAUCAGAGUGACCUACGACAUGACAAAACCAACAUUGUCCAGAGUGGUGUCAGUAAAAGUCCGCUGUGGAAAAUGCAGGAUUCCAGAAUACGAAGACGUGGACCCCACCAAGAAUUACACCAUCGUAGCCCAAGUUUCUUAGCAAUCGAUGGCGGCGACAGCCACUACAUUCUCUCAGAACAUGGAGCCAACAAGCAAACCGCUGAUCUGGGGGAUGUCGAUUUGCUCGUGUGGUACUUUGAGCGGUACAGUCCCGUCAUUCCUGAGGUGGCAAGGUAGAAUACGGUUUUCAGAUGGUUCCGCGUGUAGUGCAGCUUCUGGGAUGAGCAUUCCUCGUGGUUUGAGUGUUAUGGUUGAUUGCACUGUUUGUGGUGAAAAUGUCUAUGACGACGUAGUGCAUUUAUUCUGUUGCUUGCCAACUUAUAAUGGACGACGUUUUAUUACAGAAAAGUGCGUUUUUUUUUAAAUUUUCUACUUACAAAACGCUUUAAAAACCUGGGGAUGACCACAUAUUAAAAAAGUAAAGAAGGUUGAGUUGCAAAUGUAUCUUCGAUGGUGCUGUUGUUAUAGUUCUUUUCACGGCUUUUGACUAUUACGCAGGCGUAUCAGUGAUACGGGGCCCUAGCUUACCACGGUCCCCACGUACGAAAAUGUGUUUCUCACAACCCUAUGCAAGGUUCUAGGCGGUGUGCUGAAUUAAAAAUUUUCAAGCACUAAACAUUAGAUUCGGCUGGAUGAUAGUAGCUAGCAUGUUUCCUAUGUUUAAGCCUCUAGAUUACAACUGCAACGCCUAAAAGAACCUUUUCGAAAUUAAAACUAACUAAAAUAUUUUAGGACUUCUAUGAGGCACUUUGAUUAUAAAGCAUGGUACUCUCUUCAGUUUUCCAUGACUCAAGAUAAGUCUUUUGCUAAAGUAACACAAUGUUUGAGCUCCAUAAUGUUUUUGACUAUGCCCUAAACUGAAGGAAUCGAAAACGAUGAAAGUACAUUUAAAUAUACAAAAAUGUUUAAUUACCCUUAAAAAUCUUGAGAAAGUUGUAAAGCAUACGAAAACAAAUUCUGGGACGACCUGAAAGCUAUUUUAAUUUUUACUACACCGCUGCUCCGUCAAAAGGCGUGAAAUGAGCUUUACGUAAAUGUGCAAUGAGAAACUGUGGUCAAAAAUACGUACCUUGGAAAGUCAUAAAGAAGAUUUUCGGCCUUCAAAGCGUGAAGCCUAAGUAAUACGUAAUUACAUUUAAUUGAAGGGAUUUCCACCGUAACAUUUUUAAAUCAAAGUCAAUGAAUUUUUCGAAUCACAUGUGUAUUGUCCCAAUUACAUAAAUUUUGAACCACUUCCAUGAUCAAUU